AUGUCUCGCAUUCUUUUGAUAUUUUUGGCGAUUACACUCGCUUGCUCAGUCGCCGAAGCAAACACUCUACAAACAUUCGACGCAAUCUGUAAACAGACAAUAGACAAAAGUUUCUGCAAUGGGAUCCUUGCCAAGGCUACUUCCCCAAGCAUGAAAGAUCUCUUGAAAGUGACAGUGACAGAAGCUGAAAUAAGAUCGGCCGAUACCUAUUCCUUCAUAUUCAGCAUGAUCCUUAUAAAUGGUGGAAGCGAGGCUAGUCUAAAAAAGUGUCUUGAAACUUACACUAUUGUGAACGCAUCGUUCACGAAUGCGGUAUCUCUCUUUAACUAUGAACAGUAUGCUGAGAUCAUUCCACACAUGGAUGAGGUUUCCUAUGCUGUUGGUAUAUGUAAGACAGAUUUUAAAGUACCCGGUUAUAAUAUCAAUCCGAUGAUUAAGAAAAACAGAGAGACGAAUGUUUUGGCGGCCAUGGAAAAAAUCAUUGGUCAUAUGCUUUCUUCAUAG